GGCCAGGUCCUUUUGCAUGCGUCGCACGUCAUCCGUGUACAUGUCCUCGGCGAGGGUGUGUUCUCGGGGAUCCACCUCAACUACAACCACUGUGUCUUUUGUCCUGGAAGCCUAAUUUUAUGCGGAGCUGGUGACACGCGGAUUUGAAGGAGGAUGUCGCGCCCUCUGUUUUCGAAGUGGAUGGAGAAGGUGGAGUCGGCGGCGAGUUUGCCGAAGGGGAGUCUCAUGCGGGAGCUGCUCUCGGAGUUCCUGGGGACGCUCGUGCUCGUGUUGGUCGGGGACGGGAGCGUGGCCCAGUGGGUGUUCAUGAACAAGGAGGCUGGGGGGUUCCUCGGUGUCAACAUAUGCUAUGGGCUGGCCGUCUUCCUCGGAGUACUCAUCGCCGGCGGCGCUUCCGGUGCGCAUCUCAAUCCGGCCGUGACGGUGGCCAUGGCGACGAUCGGCAAGUUUUCCUUCGCUCGAGUCAUCCCUUACAUUGCUGCUCAACUUCUGGGCGCUUUCGUCGCUGCUGGUCUUCUCUUCGGCGUCUAUCGAGGUAAAUGCCCCCUCCCCCUAAAUAUUGAA